CUCAUUUUUGCACUGAAAAAUACCCAACAAAUUGAUUAGAAAAACCAGAAGCAAAUAAUUAUAGAGAAGGUAGAAAAAGAUAUACCAAAAUAUGCUCUCACCACCUUGCAGUAGGGAAGCCUCGGGGAGGAGCUGCUUACAUGGUUGCUGCUUACACGGUGGAGCUUCCUCCUCCUCCACCUAUGAUGCUUCUUCAACUCCCAAAUCAACAAAGAAAGUCAACAUGUUCAGGUACGACUUCACACUUGCCAUAUCUUCUUCUCUCCACCCAAAUACCCAAUUCACCAAUCAUGAGUCCCUCCCUUCCCUCCAUGAAGCCUUCUCUUCCUUCACGAAAUCAUUCCCACAAUUUUCGCAGACUGACCAAUCUGACCUCAUCAGAGCCCAUCAAUAUUACCAUCUCACCCUCUCCAACCAUGUCUGCUUUGAUUACAUUGGACAUUGCCUCUUCUCUUACUCUCAGUCUCAGCAACAAACACAAUAUAAUUCCUCAUCGUCUCAAAUCCCUUCAACUUCCUCUUCCCCUCCUCCUCCUCAGUUGCUUCACUCCCAAGAACCAUUGUUUUUCGACAUUUCAUACAAGUCAGUAAACUUGCACACCCAAGUUUUGUAUGGAGGGCAAGAAUCAGAAUUGGAGCUUCAAAUGAGGAAAAGAAUAAUGGAUUAUAUGAACAUCUCCGAAAGUGAUUACUCCAUGGUUUUCACUGCCAAUCAGUCAUCCGCUUUCAAGCUUCUAGCCGACUCGUAUUCCUUUCGCAACAAUCCAAGUCUUUUGACUGUUUAUGACUACAAGAAUGAGGGAGUGGAUGUGAUGAAAGAGAGCUCAAAAAAGAAGGGAGGACGGAUUAUGUCCGCAGAGUUCUCAUGGCCUAACAUGAGAAUUCAGUCGCGAAAAUUGAGAAGACGGAUUGGGAAUGGUAAUCCGACGAGGAAAAAGCAACGGGGGCUGUUUGUUUUCCCACUUCAAUCGAGAGUGACAGGAGCGCGGUAUUCGUAUAUGUGGAUGAGCAUAGCGCAGGAGAAUGGUUGGCAUGUUUUGCUUGAUGCAUGUUCACUGGGGCCUAAGGACAUGGACACUUUGGGCCUCUCACUCUUUAAGCCUGAUUUUCUCAUUUGCUCUUUCUUCAAAGUUUUUGGGGAAAACCCAUCAGGGUUUGGUUGCUUGUUCGUCAAGAAAUCCAGUGCCUCAGUCUUAAAGGAUCCAACAUUUGCUUCAAGUACAGGAAUUGUGAGCCUUGUCCCGGCAUCAAAACGAUCUGAAUUUUCAGAGGAGUACUCAAUUUCUAUGGACAUGGAAACUGAUCGAAAACAGUCCAAAUUCAAAACCUCGAAGUCCCAUGAAAGCGAAGAAGUCUCCCUAAAGAAGAAGGAACAUUUAGUUUCUGAAAUUACGGAAUUAGACAGAGAAGAAUCCAAUCAGUCUGUCAAAUCAGAUAACUCAGCGAUCACAUGCAAGGGCUUGGAUCAUGCCGAUUCAUUAGGUCUAGUACUGAUUAGCCGAAGAGCAAGGUACUUGAUCAACUGGCUAGUGAAUGCAUUGAUGAGCCUUCAAUAUCCGCACUCACAAUAUGGCCAUCAAUUGGUCAGAAUCUAUGGACCAAAGAUAGAAUUUGAUCGGGGACCAAGCUUGGCAUUCAAUGUGUUUGACUGGAAAGGAGAAAAGAUUGAUCCGUUGAUCGUGCAAAAGCUAGCUGAUCGAAACAACAUUUCACUGAGUUACGGGAUUUUGAACCACAUUUUGUUCUCGGACAAGCACGAGGAAGAGAGGGAAACAAAGUUGGAGAAAUGCACAAGUGAUCAAGUGGAAGGAAGUAGUAGUGAAGGGAUAUCUGUGGUGACUGCUGCAUUAGGGCUUUUGACAAACUUUGAUGACAUUUACAGGCUUUGGGUAUUUGUUUCAAGGUUUUUGGAUGCAGAUUUUGUGGAGAAGGAGAGAUGGAGAUACAUGGCUCUUAAUCAAAGGACUGUUGAGAUUUGAAGUAAAUUAGUUUGUCAAUUAAUUCUUUCAUUCUUUCACAUUGUUUUAUGAAAAUAUAGUCUUGACUCUCGGACUAUGUGACAUUUUACAUUGUUAAAUUGAUAAUAGUUCGAAAACGCAAUAUGUCGGACCGUUGGCAAAAUAACAAGAGAAUAUUAACCCGUGGUU